AUGCUUCAAGAAUUUGAGAUGACAGACCUUGGCUUGAUGUCCUACGUUCUGGGAAUGGAGGUGAAGAAAAAUCAUGAUGGAGUCUUCAUAUGCCAAAAGAAGUAUGCAAGGGAAAUACUCAAGAAAUUUCACAUGGAAGACUGCAAAAGCACAAGUACUCCAAUGAACCAGAAGGUGAAAUUUAGCAAGCAUGAUGGAGCAGAUAAAGUUGAUGAAGGUCAGUAUAGAAGCCUAAUUGGGUGUUUGAUGUAUCUUACUGCAACUAGACCAGAAAUUAUGUUCGCAGUAAGCCUACUCUCAAGAUUCAUGCAUUGUGCCAGUGAAAUGCACCUUCAAGCUGCCAAACAGAUUGAGAGAAAUGUUAAGGGAAUGACAAAUUAUGGUAUCAAAUAUUCUCACUUUCAGAAUUUUAAUCUUCAUGGUUAUUUUGAUAGUGAUUGGGCAGGUUCUGUUGAUGACAUGAGAAGCACAACAGGUUAUUGUUUCAGCUUUGGAUCAGGAAUGUUUUCAUGGUGUUCAAAGAAGCAAGAUGUGGUGGCUCAAAGCACAGCCGAGGCUGAAUAUGUGGCAGCUACUUCUGCUGUGAAUUAA